AUGAGGACUGAGAACCAGAGCAGCAUGUCAGAGUUCCUCCUCCUGGGGCUCCCCAUCCCCAUGGAGCAGCAGGGCAUGUUCUUCGCCCUGUUCCUGGGCAUGUACCUGACCACAGUGCUGGGGAACCUGCUCAUCAUCCUGCUCAUCAGGCUGGACUCUCACCUCCACACCCCCAUGUACUUCUUCCUCAGCUACUUGGCCUUCUCUGACAUUUGCCUUUCAUCUGUCACAGUUCCAAAGAUGCUCAUGAACAUGCAUACUCAGCAACAAUCCAUAUCCUAUGUCGAGUGCAUUUCUCAGAUGUGUUUUUUCAACAUUUUUGCUUGUCUUGACAAUUUCCUUCUUGGAGUGAUGGCAUAUGACAGGUAUGUGGCCAUCUGUCACCCAUUGCACUACACUACCAUCAUGAGGCAGGGGCUGUGUGUCUCAUUGGUAGUUGGAUCCUGGUUCUUCUGUUGUGCUCAUGCCCUGUUGCACACCCUCCUCUCGGUCCACCUGUCCUUCUGUGAUGACAAAACCAUCCCCCACUUCUUCUGUGAUCUCCCUGCCCUCCUGAAGAUGAGCAGCUCAGAUAUCUCCGUCAAUGAGCUGGUCAUCUUCACCGAGGGAGGAAUGCUCCUCAUGAUGCCUUUGGUUAGUAUCUUGGGUUCAUAUACCCAUAUAGGGACCACCGUCCUGAGGGUCCCCUCCACCAAGAGGCUCUUUAAAGUCUUUUCUACCUGUGGCUCCCAUCUCUCUGUGGUGUCUUUAUACUAUGGGACACUUGCAUGUGUUUACUUUUUCUCUUUAUCAUGGGGAUCCAAUGACAAGGAUAUAAUUGCUUCAUUCAUGUAUGCGGUAGUUACCCCUGUGCUGAACCCCUUCAUCUAUAGCCUGAGGAACAAAGAUAUAAAACAGGCCCUAGAAAUAUUUGUCAAUAGAGCCAACUUCUUUAAGUGA